AUGGGCUUUUGUGAUCUUACUCACUUUAGUGUAUAUGACAAAAAUGGACACCUUUGUCCCUUUGAUUCUGGGCUUAUUGAAUCUGAUGUGUUAUUGUAUGUUUCGGGAUAUUUAAAACCCGUUUAUGACGAAGAUACGAGCCCAAAUAAUGGCAUACCAACAAAAGAUAUGGGACCCAUUAAUGAAUGGUGGGUGUCCGGGUUUGAUGGGGGCGAGAAAGCUCUUGUGGGAUUUUCCACAGCAUAUGGUGACUAUUAUGUCCAAGAGCCCUCAGAGGAGUAUGCCCCUUUUAUGAAGACAGUCAGACAAAAAAUUGGACUUUCAAAAGUCGUGAUAGAAUUUCUGUUAGAUGAAUGUUGGCAACAGCCCAGCUAUGAAGACCUUUUGCAGCGGCUGAGGGCCACCGGAAAUCCGGAUUUAUCCGAAGAGGCCCUUUUAACACAUGCACAGUUUGUCUUUGAUCAGGUGAUGAGCUUUGAUAAUUGCGCUGGUGAAGAUGAUGAUCUCUUGGUAACUACUCCUUGUAUGAGAAAUUUGAUAAAAAUAUCAGGGGUGACAUUUAAAGCAGGCAAAAAAAUGGGCAGAUUUAAGAAGGGUGCAGUAAAGGGUAAAGACAAGACUGGAAAGCAAUCUGUUCAACAUUGGAGCAAAGCAGCCACAACAAAACUAGUUAGAAACGUUUUUGAAACGUUCUUCGUUGAUCAAAUCGAUAAGAACGAUAAAAUACCUUUCAGAAAGAAAAGAUGCGGGGUUUGUGAAGCUUGCCAGACGCCUGAUUGCGGCCAAUGUAGUCAUUGCAAAGACAUGAAGAAGUUUGGCGGAUCUGGCAGGAGCAAACAGGCCUGUAGACUUCGAAGAUGCCCCUACAUGGAAUUCCAACAGGCAGAGCAGGAUGAUGACAAUUCAGAAGAAGAUGAGACAAUUAGAGAAAAAGAACUACCGUUAUCUCCAACUAUUAAACCCUGUUCAAAAAGGAUUGUUAACAGUGUCAAGUGGCAGGGAGAUCCAAAGGCAAUGUGUCCUGAAAGGGUUUAUUAUAAUUGCGCAGAAGUUGGUGGUGUUGAAAUACGGGCUGGAGAUUAUGUAAUGUUAGAUACUGAAGAACCCAAUAGGCCUUUGAUGAUCGCCAAGGUGGGGUACAUGUGGGAGGACUCCUUUAAAAGGGCAAUAUUCCACGCUCAUAUGUUAUGCAGGGGCACUGAUACCGUUCUGGGUGAAACGGCGGACCCAAGUGAGGUUUUUGUUGUUUAUGAAUGUGACAACAUUCCCCUGGGUACCAUUAUUAGAAAAGCUGUCGUGGAAAUUAAGAAACCCCCUGAUAACUGGGCUUUAAAUGGAGGUUUAGAUGACUUGCCUCCUCACAGCGAAGACGAUGGUGAAACGUUCUUUUGCAGUAAAAGAUACGAUCCCAUUUGUGGUAGAUUUGAAGACAUUAUUAGUGACCUAGACAGUCUGGACUCUUUAGCUACCCCUUGUCAGUCUUGCAAGUGGAAGCACAUGAACAAAAAAGAAAAGAAAGCAGUGUUAAAAGAAGGAGUGGUGUAUUGGCAUGGGGAGAUUUUCAAAGUCGGUAAUUGUGUCUUUUUGGAUCCUGAGGUUGUACAAAAUAGACAUAAAU